AAAUUCAAAAUUUCAAAAACCCACUAAAGCUGCCACUUUUCUUGCGAAACUCACACAUUUUAACCCAUUUCCCUGACAUCGAAGCUUGAAGAGCUUUCUCUGCGAACACAGUAUAAUUUUAGCUCAGAAAAAUCAUCAUCAGCUCCUCUUCAUACCCUUGAUUGCCUCUUUUUCUUGUUUGGUACUUCAAACUUUCAGUUUCAGCUUCGUCAGCAGAUGCAGGAAUUUUCCGCCAUUGCUAUGGUGGUCGUUCUAUCAAAAGCAUUUGCUUCUCUUUUGAAGAACGACAUAUUGAAUCAGCAACCGGAUUUGUGAGACAGCAUUUAUGUGUAAUUCCUGAGUAUUCUUGUUUGUUGAGGGAGAUCUGCAAUUUGAAGUUUUGUUCAGAAUGAGAGAAGAAAAACCAUUAGAGACCCGAGCGAAAGCUUCGAAGUUUGCCGAUCAAAAUCAAAUGGCAAAGGGAAUUAAUGCCAGCGGAAAUAGCGAUUCGUCAAAAACUGAGACGGCUCCUUCAUGGAAGUCUCACAUUGUGAAAGGGUUCUUGGCAGAGAAGAAAACCAUGGCAGAGAAGAAAACCAAGUCACAGGCAACAGUCCCGACCAGGAAAGCUCCACUUGCAAACUCAGACGCCACUAACCAGAAGAACUCGAUUACACACUUACGGGUUAAGCGGUCUCUGAUCGGCGAUCUAGCCUGUUCAGUCAAUUCAACACAAGUUCAGCAGCACACACUAUACACUCAUCGAAUUAAGUCCUCUGGGUCUCGUGAUUUGUUUCUUGAGUUAGAAAAUCUGAGAGGUUUGCUCCAAGAGUCAAAAGAAAGGGAGUUCAAGCUUCAAGCUGAGUUAUCAGAAUGCAGGAAGGAUCCAAGGGUUUUGGAACUUGAAGGGGAACUUGAAGAGAAAAGAAAUGAAGUCGCCAGUCUUAUGCAGAGAGUGGGUUUGUUAGAAGCUGAGAAAACAAGCCUCAGCGAGCAAUUAGCAUUGGUAAAUUCUGUUCCGGAAAGGCCACAAGAUAUAUCAAAAGGAGAAGACAAUGAAAAUUCAUUAGUGCCACCAAAGCAAAAUCUUGAGAUGGAAGUUGUGGAGUUGAGGCGCCUGAACAAGGAGCUUCAGCUUCAGAAGAGAGAUCUUAUUUGCAGGUUGUCUUCCAUGGAAUCUCAGUUGGCCACUCCUGCAAAAGUUGGUGAGAGUGACAUGAUUUCAAAGAUUAAGGCUGAAGCGUCUUUGUUAAGACACACAAACGAAGACCUCUGCAAACAAGUUGAAGGCCUGCAAAUGAGCAGGUUAAAUGAGGUGGAGGAGCUCAUCUACCUAAGGUGGGUAAAUUUAUGUUUACGGAAUGAGUUGCGCAAUUCAUGUAUAACAUUGAAUUCAGAUAAGACAUCCAGCCCCAGUUCAAUUGAAAGGACUAGUGAAUCUGGCAAUUUUUUGUCUUGCCAAAACAUUGAAUCCUUGGACCAUAGUUGUACAAAGAGCUUACAUCUAAUAAAGAAGUUGAAGACAUGGCCUAAAAUUGAUGAGGAUUUGCCAAACUCAGAAUUCCCAGAUAAUGUUCUAGAUAAAAAUUUAGUAGAAUCAGAGGAAGGGAGAAGUCCCACAAGAAGACAUUCCAUAAGUGGUUUGAAAUGUUGUGCAGAAGAUUUGGUACUGAGUAAGAGAAGACAGUCUGAUGGUUUCAUGUGUCCAAAAGAUAUAGAAAAAGAACUAGAACCAUUAGUUUGUCAAAAAUAUGAUUUUGGUGCAGUUGAGAAAAGGGCCUUGCGUAUUCCUAAUCCCCCUCCAAGACCUUCUUGUAUUAAUUUAUGUGGGCCAAAAGAGGAAGGUUCAGCUAAAAUUUCACUACCACCACUACCUCCUCCCCCUCCCCCACCACCUCCAAAGCUUGCAAAGAGGCAUUCCAUUGGAAUGGUGCAACGGGCCCCACAAGUAGUGGAGUUUUACCAUUCACUUAUGAAAAGGGACUCAAGAAAGGAUUCUUCAAAUGGAGGAACAUAUGAUGCUCCUGAUGUUGCAAAUGUUCGUAGCAGCAUGAUUGGUGAAAUUGAGAAUCGAUCAUCACAUCUACUUGCUAUUAAAGCAGAUGUUGAGACUCAAGGGGAAUUUGUCAACUCAUUGAUAAGAGAGGUGAAUGAUGCAGCCUAUCAAGACAUUGAAGAUGUUGUUGCAUUUGUGAAGUGGCUUGAUGAUGAACUUUGCUUUCUUGUAGAUGAGAGGGCAGUCCUAAAGCACUUUGAUUGGCCAGAGAAAAAAGCUGACACUUUACGAGAAGCAGCAUUUAGUUACAGAGAUCUUAAGAAGCUGGAGUCAGAAGUUUCUGCAUAUGAGGAUGAUCCUCGAGUGCCUUCUGACAUUGCACUAAAGAAAAUGGUCACUCUUUCUGAGAAGAUGGAACGAACUGUUUAUAAUCUUCUGCGGACAAGAGAGUUGUUGAUGCGUAAUUGCAAGGAGUUCCAAAUACCCAGUGACUGGAUGCAUGAAAAUGGGAUUUUAAGCAGGAUAAAGUUUUGUUCAAUGAAAUUGGCAAAAAAGUACAUGAAGCGGGUAGCUAUGGAACUUCAAUCCAAGGGAGCAAUGGAAAAAGAUGCCACUCUGGACUAUAUGCUACUUCAAGGAGUUCGAUUUGCUUUCAGAAUUCAUCAGUUUGCUGGCGGAUUCGAUGCAGAGACGAUGCAUGCAUUUGAAGAGCUUCGUAAUCUCACGAAUGUUCUUAAAAAAUAGAAAACAUCUGGAAAGGAGGAUGUAAGCUUACAAUCUCAGUAGGCAGCAAAUUUAAAGUAGAGGUGAAGUGUGCAAUGUGAUCAUGAACCUGUGGAUUUGGAAUGAGCUUCUUAAUGCUUGUAAGUUUGGUGGGAAGGUAUUUUUUGUGGAAUUUUAUUGGGUUUUCAGACUGCUCUGAUCAUAUAACACCCUUUUCAUUCAAAGAUAUGGAAAGGCAGCCGGAGAUUUAUUUAUUUUUUCUUUUUUUCUUUUUUCAGAUGGGAUGCGGAUGGUCUAUUUGAAACUUCAGUCUUUAACGUAUAGUUAAGACUGACGUAUUCAUAUGUAAAUGUUUUAUUUUUAUUUAAUUUGCAUUGCAAGUGAUCAUAAAAUGUUUGGUUCGGUGCGGAAAUUCUAGACGAUGAGUGAGUUUGGAUCAAGUAUUUAAUUUAGAAAAAAAAAAAAAACGAAAAAAAAAGAGUGAGAAGGAAAUUUAUUUUCCA